AUGUCUUUAGAAAGAGAGGAACCACAACAUUUCGGAGCAGGGCCAGCUCAGAUGCCCACACCGGUUCUACAACAAGCUGCUAAGGACUUGAUCAAUUUUAAUGAUCUAGGUCUUGGUAUCGGUGAAAUUUCUCAUCGUUCGAAAGAUGCUACCAAAGUGAUUGAAGAUUCCAAAAAGCACUUGACCGAAUUGUUAGAUAUUCCUGACACCCACGAAGUGUUCUACAUGCAAGGUGGUGGUACUACUGGGUUCUCAUCUGUAGCUACCAACUUGGCUGCUGCAUAUGUGGGAAAACACGGAGAAAUUGCACCUGCUGGUUACUUAGUUACUGGUAGUUGGUCCCAGAAAUCGUACGAAGAAGCAAAGAGAUUGCAUGUUCCAGCCGAAGUCAUCUUUAAUGCUAAAGACUACAAAAAUGGAAAGUUUGGCACAAUUCCAGAUGAAUCUCUUUGGAGAGAUAAGGUCACUGGUAAGAAGUUUUCAUAUGUAUACUUGUGUGAGAAUGAAACUGUCCAUGGUGUGGAAUGGCCAAAUUUACCAAAAUGUCUGGUAGAUGACCCAAAUAUUGAAAUCGUUGCUGAUUUAUCCAGUGAUAUUUUGUCUCGUAAGAUAGAUGUAUCCCAAUAUGGUGUUAUUAUGGCAGGUGCCCAGAAAAACAUUGGUUUAGCGGGCUUAACUCUAUACAUCAUCAAGAAAUCUAUUCUUAAAAAUAUUUCUGGCGCUUCCGAAGAAACCUUACAUGAACUUGGAGUACCAAUCACACCAAUUGCAUUCGACUAUCCAACAGUGGUAAAGAAUAACUCCGCUUAUAACACAAUUCCAAUUUUCACAUUGCAUGUUAUGGAUCUCGUUUUCCAACAUAUUUUAAAGAAAGGUGGUAUUGAUGCUCAACAAGCUGAAAAUGAGCAAAAGGCCAAGAUAUUGUACGAAGUUUUAGAUUCAAACCCAAGCUUUUACAAUGUACCAGUGGAUCCAAAAUGUAGAUCCAAAAUGAAUGUUGUUUUCACUCUAAAGAAGGAGGGCCUUGAUGAAAAGUUCUUGAAGGAAGCAGCAGCUCGGAAAUUGACAGGUUUGAAAGGUCAUCGUUCGGUUGGUGGGUUUAGAGCUUCCAUCUAUAACGCCUUAUCAGUACAAGCCGUGCAAAACUUGGUAGAUUUCAUCAAGGAAUUUGCCGAAAGGAACGCUUGA